UUUAUCUUUGGAAUACUUCAUGAAAGCGACAGCUCGAAGUUAAGGACCGUAGACCACUGUGUCCACAUAAAAUGCCAGAACAUGGAUUUCUCUCUGCAAUGGCUAUGACUGUCUGUAUGCUGAUGACCUGUGAUGCAAGUGUGUGGCUUUCAGCACCAGCUACUGUACAUUUAGAGCAGGACAGUUCCACAAAUGUCACCAUAGUUUCAAGUGCACCACUGAAUGUGACAGUAGUUAUAGGCAUUAACAUCACCUAUGCUUCUACAAAUGACAGGAUUGUUGAACUCCCAGAAGUGGUACAGUUGCCUGCAGAAACCACGUCCUGUACGUUUGAAGUUCAUGCAGACCGUGUGGGCCAGGUGACAACAUAUCUGUACAGCAACAGCACUGUUGUGAAAAGCCACAAAACUAGGAUCCGUUUCAUGGUUGUCAGGAGCCAUGUGCUUGAGACAGUCGACCAAGUGUUUGGCUGGAUUUACUUUCUUUCAUGGUCUAUUGGAUUCUACCCUCAGGCCUAUGACAACUGGAAAAGAAAAAGCGUGGUUGGGCUGGACUUUGAUUUCCUGGCCCUCAACCUCAUUGGAUUCAUUGCCUACAGUGUCUUCAAUGUGGGCCUCUACUGGGUACCCUACUUAAAGGAGGAGUUCUUGAAGGUCAAUCCCAAUGGUGUAAACCCAGUUGAUGCCAGUGAUGUAUUUUUUAGCCUCCAUGCCUUAGUCCUGACACUACUGUAUAUGUGUCAGUGUGGCAUAUAUGAGAGAGGGGAUCAGAAGGUGUCCAAGAUUGGCAGUGCCAUACUGGUGAUUGCCUGGACAUUUCCAUUGGUGACCCUUUUCGUUGCUGUGGCCAGUAAGAUCACCUGGCUUGAAUAUAUUUAUUACUUUUCCUACGUCAAGUUAGUGAUCACCCUGAUCAAGUAUAUCCCUCAGGCAUACCUGAACUACAAGAGACAAAGUACAGAGGGGUGGAGCAUUGGCAAUGUGCUGACUGAUAUCGUUGGUGGCUUCUUUAGCAUCUUCCAGAUGUUCGUGCAAUCACACAACAAUGAUGAGUGGAGGCUGAUUUUCGGAGACCCUACAAAGUUUGGAAUAGGUCUAUUCUCCAUAUGUUUUGAUGUGUUGUUCAUGGUUCAACACUAUUGUUUGUAUCGACGACCGCACAUUCCUGAAUCAAAGGCUGAGGUCGCAGAGGUGGGAACUGAAGCAUCUAUUGUACCGUUGGUUUUUAAACUGGGGAAAAAUGUAUAA